AUGACCGAAUUUCCGCCUGGUUUCUCGUGAGUUUCAGUUAUACUGUUGUUUCGAUGAAUUUUUUUUAUUUUCAGAUAUAAGUGGGUUGAUGACCCUAGUACAUCCUCUGAGACGACAGAAGAACCGGAAGAACCGCCCAAACAUGGCUGGGAUCUCGGAUUUAAGGUUCAGUUUUGAGUUGAAUUUGUUAAAAGAAUGGAUUGCUCAUUGGAAUUAAGAUAACGAAAAGUCGUCGGAAAGAAGUUUUUUUCCAAUUUUUUUCUUUUUGAAAUUGCUUCGAAUGAAAAAAAAGUAAAAAUAGGCUUGAAAAGAAAUGGAAAAAGUGGUUUUUCAAGUUGAUUUUUCGAACCGAGUUUCUAACGGAAUAUUGCAGAUUAUAUUCGUUUUGUUGAUUAUGGAACAAAUUUUGAUGAUACCUAUUUUUCUUUAAAAUAGAAAGUGUUUACAAAAUAGCUAUUUUAAAAAGCCUAAAAAAAGGUCCAAAAAAAUACGAAAAGAAAAAAAAUUUCUAUAAAAAAAUCACAGAGCAAGCGUCAAUGUUUUUUUGAAAAUUAAGAUUUCUUGUUCCCAGAAGUUGAGUAAAAUUGGACGAGGUAUCGCUUUCUUAGAAAUAAAGCUUCCAAAGAGCUUCUUCAGCGUUUUUUUUUUGUUUAAAAGAUCCUUCUAGGAGAUUACAAAACGUUCUAAGAGUAAUAAGGAAAAAUCUUUAUAUCAGGGUCUUUCUGAUGAAUUAGAAAAAUAGAAACUUUUCCAAGAAAAUCCCUUGCCGAUUAUUAUUGGAUCGAAUUUCUUCAGGCUUCUCAAAUCCUCGAUUGGAUGGAAAUGCGUGGCGAAAAGCUGGUCCUCGUGAAAUUCGAAGGGGCCGAGCAUAAGCAGUGGAUUUCGACGAAAAUCGUCCGAAUCCACGAUUUGAAACUUCUCACAUCGUUCAUUCUACAACGUGGCAUUCGUGACUUACUCAAAAUCGGUGUUUGACUAACCUAGAGUUCUAUUUGUCCUUUUUCUGUAGCCUCUCGAAUUAUGUUCUUUAUUAACCUUUUCCUCCUCAUUUCUUGUCGAUUCGGGUUGUUUUUUUUGUCCGACUUGAAACUAGGCUCUUCGAAUUUUGAAGCUUUCAUACUUGAUCUAUGCAAUCCGACACGAAUUGGAUAAUUCUGACUUGUCUGCGCCCUCUUUUCUCUCACUGGCGAGAACAGUAAAACGGGAAGAUAGCAAGCGAAAAGGAGAGGGUCAGAGAAAUAAGACAAUUUCAAAUUUGAGCAUGUUCUGCGCCAGCUUGUCCCAAGUUUUCGUUCUCCAAGCUAUCCUUCUUUUUUCGCCUGAAAAUUUCCGCUUAUUAAAGGCGCAUGCAUGAAGACAGCACGUGCGCAUCGAAGGGAACGGGUUGUGUAGCUUGGAGGAAAAAAUCGUGACAAACUGAUGCGAAAUAGUCUUCAGCAUAAUACUCGAUUUAAAAAAAAAUUCCGGGAUAAACGGUUCUGAAGUUAGAAAGGGAUUUCUAAUUUUUCGGGUUUUCAAACUUUCAUAAUCUUCUUUUUGAUCUUCGAAUCUCUUUUUCGUACUUUCCUUGCAUAAAAGGCUUCAUUCUUACCUUUAAAAAAGUGCUUUAAUUUUUUCUUGUCCUCAUUUUCCUUCUCCUUUUUUUGUAUCCGCAAUAAUUUUUUCCCCGAUUCAUUCAAUAUGUUUCCUUGUGCCUGUGAAAUGUUAAACGGUUUUCUCUCCGGUUCCCUGAAUAAAUUAUUUCGCUUCUCAUUUUAUUUUUUUUUCUGACUGGAAAGGUAUUUCCAUUUCUUUUUAUUUUUCAUUUUUUGACGUCCUUUCAAGUUGCUGUUCCGUAAUUAUCCUGUGAAUGUACGUGUCUUAUUGACUUAUUUUUUUCUGAAUUAUAUAGAAUAAAUUCAUUGAUAUUUUUACUUUUUUUAAUCCCGAAGUUCAUCGGCUUUUUCUUUUUAUAAAAAAAUUUUUAAAAAAAUUAUAAAAAAAUUAAAAAAACAAUUUUCGGCGUACGGUGUACCGUCUGGUGGACGAAAUAUUCAAUCGGCGCGAAAUUUAAAAAAAUUUUUUUAAGUUGAAAUAUUUUUUUCAAUUUUUCUUUUUCAUUUAUCACUCUUUUUUUCCAAUAUAUUUCUAAUUGUUCUUACGUUUUUCGGUAAGGCUCAAGCUUGGCCAUUUUUAUUUCACAAAAAAAUGUCAAAAAAAAUAGAGCAAAAAAAGCGUCGGAUUAGAGGAAAUUAUUUUUUUCGUGGACUCCAUUCAAGAACUAACGAAGCUUGAAUAAUUUCAUUUUAAGACGUUUUAUUAUUAAACAUUGUAAUGUGGAGUUCAAAUUAAAUUUCUAUAAUAUUUUUUUCUUAAUCUCUGACAGUUAUUUUUUUACUCCACCGGUCCAGGAAACCAUGAAUAAUAAUUAGAUUCGCUUGAACUUUCGUCAAUAUUGUGAGAUCGUUUCAAAGUUUUUUCUAUGGUGUUUGGAGGUGCUCAAGUCUUUUAAAGUUUUCGGGAACUCUGGAAAAAUAUCUCAUGGAAUUUCGAGAAAGCUACUUUGAAAAUAAUUCAGGGAGAUGAAUUUGAACGCGGAACCGUUUGAUGAAGAAGAAGAGCAGGAUAUUUGGUGUUUUAUCUACAGGUUUUCAAUCGAUCGGAAAGUUUGAGAAUAUUUUUUUUUCAGUGUUCUCAACGAUUUGCAUGCCGACUCUCAGAACUUUGAGGCCUACACGAUAUCGAGAAUAAAUGAAGUUUUUUUCGAGAAAUAUAAGGAAGAAUGGUCGAAUGAGCGGCCAACCGAGGAGUUGUUGAAUCAGUGGGAUAUUAUAACAAAAUGAGAAAUAAGUCAUAGUUUUUUCUUCAGUUUCCGUCGUUCGAUGGUGGCGCGACUUCAAAGUGCAGCGAUUUCUAUGCCAGCGAAACUUUCCCUGUUCAAAUGGCUCCAAAUACCAAUGUCGGAUGAAGUCAUGACGAUGUAUUGAUUAUUCAGAACGAUUUGGAGAGAAUUUUAACGUUUAGGCUUGAACAAAAGCACGAAGUUGUUUUGAAUGUUGAUCCAACGACCAGAAUUCUUCUCACUUACCGUGAUAAAAGUCAGUUUUGAAGACAAGAAACUCGAGGAAGUCGAAAAAAGGAAAACUUCACUGGAAACAUAAGUUGAUUUUCGUUUAUGAAGCUGGAAAUAGGCAGUCCCAACAGCAAAAGUCAAAAAAAAAUGUUUAUGAAUCAAUUUCCUUCUUUAGAAUUUUUUCUGGUCUUCGAAUCAAAAAACUAUAUUUUUUCAGAUCAACCUGAUGUCAUCGUUCUGGAUGAUGUUGAAGAAGACGGUGAAUAUUUUUUAAAUUUUUUUUAAUCUGUUCAAAAAUUUUUUUCUGUAAUCAUAAUAGACGAAUUCCGAAAAUUUCCCGCAAAAAAUACACUUUUUAAAGUAAAAAAUAGUGCAGAAAGGAUUUUUUAACAAAUAAACUCAAAUAGAAUUUAAAUUGAAAUUUCAGAAUCAAUGAAUCGCGCAAGUUCUGUGGAACCCGAAGAAGAAACGAAAAAUUUGCGAAUUUUUUUGCACAGGUUUUUUUCUUAAAUUGUGUAUUUUAAAGAAAUAUCGAUAUUCAGAGAAGUUAUUGAGAAGGAACGAUCGAAGAAUGAAAUCAACGAAAUUUGGGCUAAAUAUGUUUCGAAGACGAAUUCGCAGCUUUCCGUCAGGAAACUUGACGAGAUGUUGGAUUUUAUUUUUCUUCCUGAAUGUUUUCUGGGGUUUUUUUGAAAAGAAGAGACAUAAUUUAUUAAGAUUUUUGAUGUAAAAUUUGAUUUUUUUGUAGUGUUCGGAACUCCAUCGAGGAUUUUUGAAAUUCAUUUCAACUCUGUAAAAUAGGAAAUACUAUCAAUUUUGCCUUUUUUCUUCACUUUUGAGCUGUGCGGAAGAGAAUAUAAUAACUAUUUAUACAUUUGAAAAAGUUCAUGCGGUGAUUUUGCUAUUGUUCUGAAUGAUUUUUCAAAGUAACUACUGCAAAAAUAAACCAAAGCCUUCUAUAAAUAACUCUUUCCAGGUUCUUCUCAGUCAUCGCCCCGCAAUUGUACAAAGUGGAGAAGUUGAGCGGCCGGACCGUUUUGGAAUUAUAUAAGGCCCUUGAACUCCCAGUCGACAAACAUACGGAACGAGUGUACGUGGAAGAUUUUUAAAUUCACGCUGAAAAGUUAGAAAUCAGAAAAACAAGUUUUUUUUUUUCUGGUAAGGAAAAGUGUUCCAAUGAGAAGAAAAAGGAAUACUCGGGAAAUUCCAAAAAAGCGAAGGAUAUUUUUUUUGAAAUCAAUUUUUUACAAUAUUUAUUGGUUUUUGUAUAACUUUAAAGUGUAUUUCAUUCUAUUAAAAUCAAAAAAAUAAUCAAUUAAUUUUUUUGAAUUUUUAAAUCAAUUUUUCACCAAAUUUUUUUCAAUCAUUGAACUCUACGGUUCCAUAAUUACUCUCCUAUGAUAAUUUCGACUGUUUCUCAAUAAAUAUUUUUGAAUCAUCGAUUUUUUUAUCUACAUUAGUUACGAAAGCUUCUAUAAAAAAAAUGUAGAUCAAUUUUUUUACUGAAUAUCAGAAAAAAAAUAAGUGACAUUUUUUUCAGCAUGGAAACCAAGUACCUGGCGGACGUACGAGUGAAAAAAAUGGGAAAUUGAGAAGUUUCCAAUUUUGGCGAGAGGAAGCGCCCAAAGGUUUUAGAAAGAAAAAAAAUAAUUUUCAUUUUUUUUUCAGUGAAAAAAGAGCCGCGUUGGGCAGAAAAUGGCCAGGAAGAGUCGAUUUAUCAGGUUUGAAUUAUGGUUUUCGCUUCGAAUUUUUAGGACAUUUUUAAUCUCUAUUGUGUUUCUGUUGUAGAGUUAUGUUCACUACGAAAAUUUUGGUGCCAAUUUUUAGGUUAAAAGUUUUUUUUUCAUGUUUUCAUAUGCUUUUCUCCACCAGAAAAAAAAAGCAAAAAAUCAACUUCCAAGUUAAAUUUCCAGAUUUUUUAACUCAUUUUUUUAGGCGCGGAAAUACAACCGGCCGCCUGGAAUGGGGGAUCCCAAUGAACGAUGGCGGAAUCCGAAGUAUGACGUUUGUCCGGAGGAAGUCACGAUGACCGGAAUGCCCGGCGGAACGGCGUCUUCAAGGAGUAAUGCCACGUCUUGGGUGAAUUUUCGUUAAAGAGGCCAUUUUUUCGGUCUCUAUAGGGACUGUUUUUCUUCCUAACCCCUAUAGGGACCACUUUGAAACUCCUGAGUGAAAAAAAAAAAUUGGAAUUUCACCAUUUCAACCCUUUUUGAAAAAUUUAGAACUUUCGUAGAUGAUCCGCUUUACCAAAUCUGCGACUGUACGCAAGUUUUGAAAUUUGCACGUUCUAGUCUAUGUUUAGUCCUAAUCACAUUGAAAAUUUCUUGAGAAUGUGUGAAGAACUAUUUUUGUUCAUAACUUUAACGAACUCCUUUUUGAAAACCAGAAGCCAUUGUGUCUUCUUCAUCGAAUAAUUUAUCUAGUUGUUUUAGUGAGAUGUAAUCGACUAGGCGGUAAACAAGAACUUAAAAAGCUAUGACGAACAACUGCCUUUGGCGAACUAGAAGUCCAGACGGGUAGUUGGUCAAAUUGAAUGAAGAAGUUUAGACGUGUAGUUGAUCAAGUUGAAUCAAGAAGUCCGGGCGUGUAGUUGAUCAUGUUGGAUCGAGAAGUUCAGACGUGUAGUUGAUCAUGUUGAAUUGAGAAAAUUAGACGUGUAGUUGAUCAAACUGAAUCAAGAAGUUUAGACGUGUAGUUGAUCAAGUUGAAUGAAGAACGCCGAACGUGUAGUUGAUCAAGUUGAAUCGAGAAGUCCUGACGUGUAGUUGAUCACUUUAAAAGCAUGGUCUUACGGUCCUUCGCCUCGUUCUUCCGCGCGUAGUCCAACUAGUUGCGCCUUGACAAGCUCAGAAUGUAGCUUAUGUUGUGCUGGAACCCGGAGACCGUGUUCUAGGUGGAAGCCUCAAAAUGAGAGCGACCACUUCGAGUGAAGACUUUACACAGAACGAAGUUUUUACGCGGAAUUUAUAAGGGGAUUUUUUUUUUUGAAAAUGUCAUUUUCCAGAACGGCGACGAUCGUGUGGGAUUGGGAAGUGUCCGGCUGAAAUACACGAUCGAGGAGGAGGUCGCCAUGUGGGAGUAUCUUUAUGAGUGCGUUUUUCAUCUCCCAAGGCACUGGCUGGGACGUUCCGGGUUUCCGGCUCUUAUUUUUGCUUUUUAAAAUUUUUGCGAAAAUGCUUUUUCUGAAUGCGUUUUCGCAUUUUUUUUAAUACAAAAAUUGUUUCUUGGUAGUUUUAUGAUACUUAUAAAUGUUCCUUCUAACUUUUCAAACCGGUUUCAAACAAUUUUUGGGAUUUUUUUAAAUACACACUUUUUUUAAUUAAGUAGAUAUUUUUUUAGUUUUUAUGUGUUGAAUUUCUUUUUAAACCUGAGCACUAUAAUGACAAAAGGUGCAUAGAAGUGGAAAAAGACGGAUUUUAUUAGAUUAUAUGAACGAAAAACACGAAAACUUGAGAAUCGCGCAUGCGCCACGAGUGUCUGAAUAUUGGGGUUGAAAGGAAUAAUAUCCAAUUUUUCAGUGCGAUCGAAGGUAACGAUAACACCUCCACGGCCGUGAAAGGCCACCGGAUUUGGUACGACUACAUUCGACAGACGAAAUGCCGAAGAACCGCCGACAAUUUGUGUUCCCAGUGCGGUUUUAUACAUAAAAUAGGAGAAAGAUGGAUUGAAAUUCGGAGGAAAGCAGCUUUGCAGCUCUCAAAUAACAGCGCCAAACUUGCAUGCUUUAAAACAAAGUAGCUCAUUUCCAUCUGUGGUUGGGAAUUUUUGAAAAUAGUCCAAAACACUCCUUGAAGUACCAAAAAAGGUUUUUGAAAGUCUCAACCUAUACAACUUCCGAGUUUUUGAGAGAGGAGACCUCAAAGUCAAACGAAACCUUUAAAAUCCGUCAAAAAGACCAUUUUUGGGGCGUUGAGUUUUUAUUUUUCGAAAGCUAAGAAGUUGAGACUUUCAGAACCUCAAUUUGGUACUUCACGAAAUAUUCUGAUGAGUUUUUAAAAAGUUCCGGACCCCAAAGUAAAAUGACCUACCUUGUAAAACCCCCAUUUCGUAAGCUUUCCCGAAUUACCAUAUCUCAAGAGAGGUAUCUGAAUUUUUUUGACUACGAAAAAAAUCUAGCCACACAGUCAUCCUUUAUAAAUUAUUUUUUUCGAAGAUUUAUUUUUUUCGCAAUUUUUUUAAAUUUCUAGCAUAUACUUUUUAACUUUAAUAAAUUUCAAAAAAACGCAAUUUUUUUCGCUUCAGUGGAUCGGCUGAUUCGCGCAGCCUAGUUUUCAGAUACCCCUGUCAGAAAUGGAUUCAAGUUUACAGCUCUCAAGUGGCAGUCCAAAGUUUUAAUUCAUAAGAAGCAUGAGCUGAAGUGGCAGUCCAGAACUUGCAGCUCUCAAAAAUUUGCACCUCCCAAGACAGUCCUAAAUUUGCAGCUCUCAGAAGCAGCUUCCAAAAAGUUUGCAGCGCCUGAACGACAGUCCUGAACUGGCAGCUCUAAAAAAACAGCUCCCAGAAUUUUAGCAGCGCCUGAACGGCAGUCCUGAACUGGCAGCUCUCAAAAAGCAGCUCCCAUAAAGUUUGCAGCGCCCAAACGGCAGACCAGAAUUUGCAGCUCCCAAUAAUGUAGCAGCUCCUAAAAAGUUCGCAGCGCCCAAACCGCAGUCCAGAAUUUGCAGCUCCAAAAAGCAGCUCUCAAAAGGAAGUCCAGGAUUUUCAGCUCCCAAAAGGCUGUCAAGAAUUUGCAGCUCCAAAAGCAGCUCCCAAAAAAUUUGCAGUCCAAAAGGCAGUCCGGAAUAUGCAGCUCUCAUAAAAUAGCUCCUAAAAAGUUAGCAGCGCCCAAACGGCAGUCCAGAAUUUGCAGCUCCCAAAAGGCAGUCCAGAAUUUGCAGCUCUCAAAAAACAGCUCUUAAAAAGUUAGCAGCGCCCAAACUGCAUUCCAAAAUUAGCAGUUCUGAGAAGCAGAAGACCAAAAUUUUUGCCCCUAAACCCAUUUUUCUAUUGAAGCAUCAUUACAAAAAAACCAGAAAAAGAAAAAUUCAGAAAAAGAGUAUAUUUCAGCUUCCGCCGCAUAAUGAUCAAUACGCUGUACAAAAGGCCGCUGCGAAAGAAAACGAUGCUCGAAUUGUACCGACGGCUGAGGAUUCGAAUUGAUGAGGAUGUCAAGAAUGUGUAUGUAGAAGAAUGAAGAAAAUGAUAGGAAUUUCCAAAUUUUGAAGAUUGGAAACGCAGUUCAACGUUUCGAUCCGUCUGCACGAUCAUUAUAUCGUGAAUUAUACGAAUUUGGAUCCGGGAGGUGGUUUUUUGAUUUCCUGUCUGUAUUUUUCAUUGAAACUUAUUUUUGUUCAUGCAAAAAUUGAAUCCCGUCAGCAUUUAUUUAUAGUUGAAUUGAAUUUUUCUUUGGUCCUUCAAGUUAUUUUUUUCAUGUAGCGUCAAAAAAAUCCCAUUUCUUAUAAAUUUUAAUCUGCUUGAAGCUCAUGAAGUUCAUAGAAAACUGAAAUUUUGUCGAUUUUUUUUUCGAAUAUGUCCAUUUCCAAGCAAUUUUCAUAGAAAUCUGGAGCUUCUAUCGAUUUUUGUUUGACUUUUUUCCAUUUAGCGUCCCCAGAAAAGUCUCCCGAAUCAACUCCGGAACGAGUUGCCCCCAAAGGAACUAAAUCCCGCCCAAAACAACGUUUUGAUGAUGACUAUAUUGAUGAUGGAGGUAUCGAUUUUCAAAGAAGCAAAAAAAGAGAAAUAGUUCCAGGACCAAUCUACGUCGACAACUGCGAGGAGAACUUUGACAUGCGACUUUCGCCCCUUUACCGCCGCUCAUCUUUCGUCGACAUGAACAAGACCGCUAUUGAUGGUUUGUUUUUGAAAAAAGGCCUUGAAGUAAAUAGAAGUAGAACCUGACAAAAGAUCUGUGAAUUUCAAAAAAAAAUUAGUUCAUUCGCCAGGAAAAAACGAAUAGAGCUAGCAAUAUGAACGUAGAAAAUUUUCCAAAAAGCAAAUUUUUAAAUUUUUUGCUCAUUUAAAGCUCAAAAAAAAAAAAAUCAAAAUACCUCAAUUUUUUCAUAAAAUCCGGAAUCCUUGUAUAUUUUUACAUCUCCCUCGUGACGUGGAUUGAGGAAUCAGAUUUUUUUACCUCUUGCAAAAAUUUUUUUCUAUUUGAGAAUUUUUUUAAUUUAUUCUUUGAAAAAAAGAAAAAGAAAUUUUCAUUUUUUUCCGAUCGCAAAAACAGAAAAAAAUUAUAAAAUUAAAAAUUAACGUAUUUUUUUCUUAUAACCAACAAAAAAAAUCUUGUGAAGUUUUUGAAAAUUGUAAGUGCGCAAGUACAGAACUCAAUAUAGCUGAUUCACGGCUGGCUUUGAGAAAAAGGGUCCUGACACGAUAAUGCAAGAGAUAGCACCUGGUUGGUGGAGAGCGCAGACAGGACACGCCCCUUUGCGAUCCAAGCUAGCCUUAAAUCGGCUAUAACUCGCACCGGACAAGCCACGGACGUUUCUGAGCAUUGCUAGUGACCCCUUUAGGGACUUGAACAAUUUUAAGUGAUCUAUUGAAAAAGCUCAGACACUUCCGGGGCGCGUCCGGUUUGCGUUAAGGGUGUCCCGGAAACUUUGUCGACUCAUCAUCAUCAUCAUUUAUUCAAUACGAAUAAUAAUACAGUUCAAGGGCCGAAAAGACCUCUAACAGAACCAAUUUUUAAAAAGGGAAAUUUAAACAUUGAAAAACAGCAACAAACCGUUUAAAAAGUUAGAAGAUAUUUUUAAGAAAGUCAGCGAGAAGAUGAGGGUUGUUUUUCUAAAUAGAUUUUUGAAUCGCAUAGAAUCAUUACAUAGAUCAAAUACAACAUCGGGAAGGGAGUUCCAAACAUUAAUUAUUCUGAUACUAAAAAACGAGGCAACGAUGUUACUAUUAUGUCUUAUAUUUGAACGUAAAUAAUAGCGAUGGCGACGCAGCGCACGGACACGGGGGAAAAAGAAGAGACUAUCGAAAUCAAUGGGGACUUCUCUAAGUACAAUUUUAUAAACAAGAGACAUGUCAAAGAUGAGGCGUCUUGUCUCAAGAGUUUUGAGACUAUUUUCAGAUAAACAAGUGAAAUAAGAGUGGUAGGGCAAGCCGCAACGAUGGUAAGCUCGGAAAAAGGAAACUUUUUCUGAACACCUUCAAUCAAACAAAUAUUGUGAGAGUCAAUUGGAGCAUAGACUACAGAACAAUAAUCAAUAAUAGGACGAAUAUACACUUCAAAAGCAUUUUUAAAUACAAUGAAAGCUCAGUGGAUCGAAACACGUUAAACAUAACAUUUAUGCGACAUUUACACCGUCUGCAGAUUUCAGAUAUAUGAUCAUUGAACUUAAGGUUAUUUGAGAAAGCUACACCAAGAUCUCGAACUGAAAGUUUAGGCUGUAAAGCCAUGUUUGAAAUUUUUAUAAGAAAUAUUUGGGUAACGUUUUCCGAAAUGAAUAGAAUAGCAUUUAGUUGGAGCUAUAGCCAUUUGCCAUGUUGAACACCAGUUUUUCAAGUAAUUUGAGGUCUUCUUCGAUGACAGUAGAACUAGAGGUUUUUUUGUGAGCGAAGAAAAAAAUUUUUUUAAAUCGUCAGCAUAGAGAAGGGGCGCAGAGCGAAAGUUAUCCGUAAUGUCGUUAAUAAAAAAAGUAGAAACAGAAGGGGUCCGAUGACCGACCCCUGGGGUACGCCGGAGAGUACAGGAGCGGGGUCGGAAAGUACUCCAGAAAGAGAAACACACUGCACACGAUUCGUCAAGUAGGAUUCGAUCCAGCCAAGAAGAGGACCACAAAUGCCGUAAAAUUGAAGCUUGUAAACAAGUUUAGCAUGAGAGACAGUAUCAAAAGCCUUGCAAAAGUCAAUAUAGAUAGCGUCCGUGCAAAGGUUACUGUUUGCAUUUUUCAAAAAGAUUUGCACAAUAUUGAAUUAGUUGAAUAGACGUGUUAUAUUUAGGGCGGAAUCCAAAUUGGUUAGAGUUUAACAAAGAGUUAGAGUUGAGAAAAACGCUGAAAUCAUGCACAACUAUUUUUUCAAGACAUUUGCAAACUGAACUGGUUAAACUAAUUGGACGGUAAUUUGAAGGGUCAGAUCUACUUCCUUUUUUGUGUAAGGGUUUGAUAAUGGCUUUUUUCCAAACAGAUGGAAUUUGACCAGAUCGGAGAGAGGCGUUAAAAAUAAUAGAAAGAGGAUAGGCGAGAGAUGUGGAACAGUUUUUGAGCAAAAUGGAGGGAUUUCAUCCGGAGUAGUGUUACAUUUAGAGGGCAUUCUACGAAGAAAAGCUUCUAUUCUGUGCGCUGGGAGAUCUAUGACAGAUAAACGGUUAGAUGUUUUAGAAACACAUGGCGGAGUUUUUCCGUCAUCGAUUGUGAAAAAUGAAUGAAAUUUUGUAGAUAAGAGGUUAGCUUUAGCGAAGUUGCAGGUAAGUGCCUCUCCAUCAGAGGUUUUUAGAACGUUGAUAUCAUCCUCAGACUGACCACUCAGAAGUUUGGCAUGCUUGAAGAAAUUGUGUUGAUUGCCUUUUUGAACUAGGUCUUUUUCUCUUUGGAUCCGCAAGGACCAAGUAAGUUUGGAAAUUUUUUUGGAAAUUUUUAUAAAGAUCGGAGUUUCCCUCUCUUCUCCAAACCAAAAAGCUUUUUUUCGCGAGAGAGAACGAAUGAUAUGGGAGAAAGGUUUGUUGGCUUUUUAUAUUUUUGAAUGGGAACAAAAGCUUCUACAAAACUGUGUAUUAAAGAGCAAAAAUUGUCGUACAUUUUUUCAACUGAAAGUGUAGAAAAUAUGAGGUCCCAGUCCAAAGAGGCAAUGUGACUAUUGAGGGAAUGAAAAUCUGCUUUUUUUGUAAUUUUUUUAAAGCUUUUUGACAGAUUUUUUUUCAAUAUUUUUUUAGAAAGUGUUGAAGUAAUUAUAAUACUGCAGUGAUCACUAAAUAAAUCACCGACGUAGGCUUCCUGGACAAUGUUAGUGCUAGUGAGGCAAAGAUCAAGAGUAUUAUCAGGAUUAAAUCUAGUAGGCGAUGUUAUAUGCUGGGUAAGGCCAUUAUCACAGCAGAAUGAUAGCAAUUUUUUACAAGGCAGAUCAAAAGCUACUUUGUUAGACCAGUCAAUAUGUGGAAAAUUAAAGUCACCAAGGAUGACGACAUGAUUGUUAGUUUGGAGAAGAAAUUCAAGGCACUUAAAAAAAGUGACUCAGCGUUGAUGUUGUGGUUAGGAUGGUAAACGGAAAUGACACGACAGCAGGAAGAGCGGAGAAAAAAAUGUCAGCAGCGACGACCUCAAUCUUGGAAAAAGUCGGAUGGUAUUUCAACGGCGGAAACUUUUUAAAGUUUUUUUGAGUAAGUAUAGCUACACCUCCGCCAAAACGAUUCCGGUCUUUUCGAAAAACGUUGAAGGAAUUUUUGAAAGAAAACAUAGCUGACGGAAAACUGUCAUCGAGCUUGGUUUCACAUAGAGCAAUGACGUCUAGAUUAAGAUCAUUAAUAAUCAAUUCGAGCUUAGCAACCUUAUUGACAAGAGAAAAAAACAAUUAAUUGAGGCAAAUUUCAAAAAGACUCACAAUUUCGCCUUGGGUUCUUGGGAGCGCACGGACCAAGGAUGACGUUCGACGCCGGCUGGGAGACGCAGCUUGACAACCUCGAAGUCCCGAACGGUCCAAAUCCUGGAUGCGGCCGCGUCGUUUCGUAGAACAGCUUCUUUCCAAGCCGUCCGAUGCUUCUCCAACUCGGUCUUGCUCAUAUCCCGUUGAACGGAGGCGGUCCUCAGAGACGGAAUUUUGCCUUUCAACUCGUUGAAGUUCUUCAAGACUUUGACGACGGCGUCCUUGUUCUGGAGGUGAACGCGAAGCGGGGGUGGAGGAGUCGUAGACUUUCCAAGCCGAAAAAUUUCUUGAGCUUUUUCGACCGACGAUAGUUGACAAAUUUCUUCCACGAUUUUUUCGUCUUUCUUCUCGUUGACCAAAUAACUUACAAAAAUUUUGAGAAAUAAGGUUUGAGAGUAAGGUUUAAACGUUUCUGAGCAUUUCUAGUGACCCCUUUAGGGACCUUAAAUAAUCUUGAGUGAUAAGAAACUUCCGGGGCGCGUCCGUUUUGCGUUUGGAGGGCGGAGUGGUCCCGGAAAGUUUUCGACUUGCAAAAAUUUUGAGAAAUGAGGUGAGAGGAUAAGGUUCAACUCCAGGGAGCAAGUGUGACCAGAUAAAAAAUAAGUUUUGACUUCAGAAGUUGUUUCUGACUUAAGUUUAGGAGGACUCUGGUCCAUCUCUGUUGAAGACACCUUUUCAUGUUCAGAUCGAGUUCAACAAGCAAUGAGGGAGGGUGUCAGCGAGGCUCGUCUCCAACGCUUCAAGCGACAGGGCGAGUUCGUCCGAAGGAAACGCCAGAAUCCGAUCCAAGAAGAGAACCCCGACGAGGAGGAUGAGCCUCCGAGAACUUUCGCCUCGCCGGUGACCAAGAGAGUUCCGGUUAGAGCUCAUAAAUCAACUUUUCAAGGCGAAAGUAGAUGAUCUUCUCUAGAAUAUUUCUGAUAACUUGUCAAAAAAGCCGUUUUUCGUUUCACCUUCAAGCUAGACUUCAAAGAGAGAAAAUCAAUUUUUUUAUAAGAUUUUAUAAUUUUGGGCUAGGUUUUUUCUGAAAAUAUUAUUUUUCGUUUUUUCGCAUAUUCCAUUGGAAAAAUGACCUAAAAAGUUGAGGAUAUUUUUCACUUUUUUUGAUUUCAAAAUAGUUCUGGAAAAGAUAUGACAGUUUUUUUAUAAUUUUUCGGGAAGCUUUCCGAAUUUUAGUACUGAAAAAAGUUCAUACUUUCCGAGAAAUGAGAUCUCAAAGGCUUGAAAUAGCAUAUUUCUCAAAUUUUUUCCUUGAAUUUGAACCUUUUUUCUCGGAAACUGAGAGUUCAGCUAGUUGAGAUAUUUAUAGUCUUCAUUUGGUGGGGCAAGGAACAAAUCUUCAGAAAAAAAGGCAGUUAAAAUUCCUUCCUUUCAAAGAAAUCGAUUAAAAAAAGCCUUAGAUUAUUCUGAUUUGCAGGUCGCUGAAACGCCGAACAACUUCCGAUACGUCGGAGUUCAGCCAGCUCGAUGGGACAUACCUGAAAGUGCCUCGAAACCCACCAAAACCGUAGUCCCAUUGACGCCGGCGGCUCCUGGAGCUUUUACGAAGACCCUUCUGGUCAACGACGACGACAUUGGCAGCCCGUCUGACGUCAGAACGACGGUCCAGAGUACGCCGAGGAACACGAGAAAAAGGGAGUCGACGAGGGUCGAAGCGACUCCGAGGACCCCCCUCGCACAGACCCUCUCGCCGCUUCCGAGAGAGACGCUCACUUAUCCGGAAUCGGGAAAAAAACGGAGAAGAGGUGAUUUUUGUGUGUAAUUGAAUCAAGAAAACGAGUUCGUAAGUGUAGGAACUGGUCAACCUGAAAAGUUAGGAUAGGGUGUAAUAAGGGUCCGUAGAAAUGUUUCUUUUAAGGUGGCAAAGACUUUUUGUGCCCUUCCAUGGACUCUGCAACAUUUUUGCUGCCACUCCCUUUUUCCACCAUUUCUUGAACCUUUAAAGUCCCAGAAAAAUGGGAGGAUUGAUAAAGGGACUCUUUUUGCUACCUUUUUUGAGCUUCUCCCUUUUAGCGGCCAUUAUCUCCCAUUCCGAUUUUGACCAAGAAGUUAAUUUACUGGGAUUAGAAAAAAGAAGGAAAACAGGGACUUUUCGCGGCAAUAAAGACAAGAGAAAUGGGUUUCUAAAUUUAGGAGAAGUUAAGCUGAGAAACUUAUAAAGUUAUUUAUCAGAAGUCGUUGAAAAAAAGGAAAAUAGGUGCUUUUUUAAUUGAAUAAGUUAAGAAAAGUGAGUUAGACAAAUUUGAAAGUGUAGGAGUGGCUUAGCCGUGGGCUUUUAUAAAAUGACUGACUGGGAACUGGCGAGUAAAACAAUAUUUGCUUUUUAGGUUAAAUAGAUAGAAGUGACUUGGAAAAAAAAAAGUCAAUAGUUUAUUAAAGAACCACAAAAUUGUAAAGUAGGAAGGCUUCACUUUUUUUGAAUAAUUUGCGGAAAAUCGCUAGAAAUAGGUACCCUAAAGAAAAAAAAAUUUAAAAGGUAAACUCGGUAGUGCACAACAGGCUUUAACUUGAAAAAAAUUCAAAAAAAUCCCAAGUUUUUCGGAUUUGAAUUUUUUUAAAACUAUGAGUGAACUAUUAGAAUCAAUCGUUGGGUCAUUCCAUUAGAAGCAUAGAAAAAAUUAAUUAUUUUCCGACCAUUUUUGACAAAAGUGGAAAAAACAGAACCGUCAAAGAAUUUGCGAAAGAAAAUUGUCCACAAUUUCCUUUUAUGGAGCUCAACUUUUCUGAGGCUGCUUUUUUGCGAACUGAAAGUCCAUCAGAGUGUUACAAAGAACAGUCAUCAAAACUCCAGGAAGUUUCAGAAAGAUCAAACUCCAUACAAGGAAGUUUUGAUCAAAAACGCGUCUUGUUUCCUAUUUUUUCUGACGGAACUGUACUUUUUGGAUGACUCAUGUAUCUUUUUUUCAUCCAAAAACUGUCAAGAAUGAAGUAAAAUCGAUCCCGAAAUUUGCAGCAAAAAUGGUGGCCGUGGACCCGAUAGAAGUCGAGAUGGGCCAACAUCCGUGCGCUUCAAUGGAAAAGCAACAAGCCAGCCUCGAGGAAGACCAGCAGGAGUUUGAAAUUUUGGAGCCGGUGCGAGAGGAGCGGGAGCCCGAGCCUGAAAAUGAGCCGGAAGAGGAGCCUGAGGAUGAGGAUGAGCCCGAGAACGAACCUGAACCCGAACCCCCACUGAAAAUGACCCCCUUCCUGACUUCUGUCAUCAAACUCGGCGCCACCUACCAGAUUGAUCUCAAAAAUCAUCCGGAUUUGCUGAAAACCAUUGCCGCUGACGAGAGGAUUGCCAUGGGAGAGGUCUUGAAAAAGGGGAAUUUUUUAAAAGAUGGGAAAGUUUCAGAAUACGAACAAUUUCACGAUGCUGAAGGAUAUCCAAGGAUGGAUGGCCAGCGCCAAGGCCAACCAUGACAAGGAUCUUCAACGAUUUGAGGCCAUUCGGGUUGGUUUUGUUGGAAAAAAGGCUUGAGGGGGGGUGAAAUAAAGAAGUCUGAAAAGUUGAGGGGUCUACUUAGGAGCUCUAGGGUGAUUUCUAUAGGGGCUUAGGGGCUCUUGAAGGUCCCCCUUUAGGGUCACUUUAACAACCCCGGGAAAAAUGCUUAAGAGGUCGGGGGAGGGGGGGGUUUGUUAAAGAAAGAAGUCUGAAAAGUUGGGGGGUCUACUUAGGAGCUCUAGGGUAAUUCCUAUAAUGGCCUAGGGAUCCUUGAAGAUUCUCCUCUGGGGACCACUUUAACAACCCCGGGAAAAAGGCUUGAUGGGGGGUUGUUAAAGGAAGAAGUCUGAAAAGUUGGGGGGUCUACUAAAAGUUAGGGGAUCUAUCAAGGCUCUAGAGUGAACCCUAUAGUCGCUUGGGGACCCUUGAAGGUUCCUCUCUAGGGACCACUUUACCAACCCAUAUAGGGACCACUGAAGCUUACAAAAGGGCUUGUAGGAGUUUCAGUUAGUGAUCCCUAUAGGGGACAGACUAGUCGAUUAAUGUCAAAGCCUAGGGAAUUCUUAUAAAAAGCGCUCUAAAUUUACCCCUAUAGAGGCUUUUUCCCGUCUCCUAAAAGAGCUGUUUUUCCCCUGUAGGGACCACUCUGACUUUUCUUUAUGACGUCAUUCUUCGAAAAACUUUUUUUAUCGAGCAGUUUGGAAGAGGGCACAUUUUUAAAAAAUUCGACGACCUCCAAGGAACACUUGUUGAAAAAUGUGAAGGCUGAAGUAAAAAAUUGUCUUAUUACGUGGAAUGGCUUGAAGCGUCGCGGUCGCGUUGCGUUUCGAUAUUCGAUAAUUAGGUGCACCCGACUUUUAGCGAUUUUCCGUUAGUUUGAAGUUUGCCGCCCUGCGCAAGUAUAGCCCGUCCACCGCGACUUGAUACUUUUCGCGCGUCUGCGUCUCUCUGUUCCCUCACCGGCGAGGUCAGAGAAACAUGAAAAUAGCACGUCAACAUGAGAGAGACGUCGAUAGAUGAGGAGGGCGCAGAGAAGUCCUGCCCUUUCAAGUCGCGAAAAACGGACUAUAGCAUUUUGUGGAGCGCCCAUAUUUUCGUGACGCGUUUAGCCAUUCCAAAUGCGACCCUGGCUCUUAAAUUCAUGAAAAACAAUUUAUAUCUGUGACUCUUGCAGAAAAACAAGCUCAUGACUCGUUCCGCCGAAAUUUCGCUCAAUGACAGAAAUUUGCCAAAAGUCGUCCUGCACGAUUUGGAUGACAAGGAAACCAAUUUGGUUAGUUUUGCAAGGAUAUUCGAUUUUCAAAUAUUUCCUUUUUUGAUCGACAAAAUGAGGAAGUCGUACCGUCAAUUUAUCCGUGUGCCACUCGAGCCGCUCUGAAAUUUUCAAAAAUUGUUUUCCAGGAUUUCUUGAUUAUACAUUUGAACAUACUUUAUAUAUGGUUUGCCACUGGUUCGCCGGAUUUUUAUUUGAUAAACUAUUUUUUGCUCAUUUUUUAUAGAUUUUUCGGAGAGCGUAGGGAGACAUUAAAGCUACUUGAAUGGAUUGAAAAGCUUCAGGAGGUUUUUGAAAGUUUGAAGUUAUUUGGAAGAAAAAUUUUUGGUUUAUGAUGAGGUUUAGGUUUUCUUUCAAAGAGAUGUGGAGUAUUAGAAAAAUUGUCUUCCCCUCUUUUUCGAAUUGUAGAAAGUGACGAGAAAUUUUAGAAAUGUUUAGAGAAAUCAUUUUUUUUUCCACUUCCUCUUCCGAUUUUGGCGAGCUUUUGAUAAGUUCACGUGCUCCAAAAAUUCCAAAAAUUAGCUUUUUCGACUGUAGGAAGUGACGAGAAGACUCCGAAAAGCCACGGUGAUGGGGCUUCUGACGCCGACUCAUCAUCUUCCGAUUCGACAGCAAGCUUUGGUCGGAUCUGUACUUGCUGAUGUCGACGCGAUUUGCGCCAGGGACGCCGUCACGGCGGUUCGUUUCCUUUUUAGAUUCGGUGAAAAGUAAGUUUGGUUAGCGAAUUUUACUCACCGAAAGGUUUACUUAUUUCGAGGUUCCAUGUGGGUUACAUAUUCGUUUUUUUAGAGCGAAAACCCCAUUCGCAUACAUGGGAUGAGCAUGAUAGGCGGCAGCCAAGUCCCCUCUUACCCCCCCUUGACUUCUUUCUCAUUUGACGACUUGAAAUUAUUCUAAAUUAAUUUCUUUUCCCUUUUAUCGGAGAAGUCUCUUAAGGGAUUAUUCAUAAAGUUAAGCGCCCCGAUUGCCCUUUUAAGUGACCACUUCACAAUACUCCUAAAGUAUUGCCCUUUCGCCUUCUAGCAGUAUUCUCUUGAGGCCUCUCGGAGUAUUUCCAGAAUGUAUUCGCCUAGAAGCGCCACGAAUCAUCUCUUGACCCCUUUACAAGCUCUCUUCCCUUUUUCCAGGUCUUAUUGAGACUAUCCUAAGUCUCCUCCCUUUUUCCAGGUCUCAUUGAGACUAUCCCAUGUAUGCCCAUCCGGUGUAUGCACAGUAUCAAUCUGUAGUUUUUUCUGUAAGUUACCGAUUAGUUUUUCGAAAGAAAAACCAAUAAUAAAGUACAUUUUUUCCAAAAUAACUGUUCAGGACGACUACCGCAAGCUGAUGAACUCACAGCGGCCCCGAAUCCAGGAACUCAUCGAGCGUUUCCAUGUUCAAACCAUCGAGUAA